GGGAAGUGCUCCCGGCUCUGCCACCCGCGGGGCGCCCGGAUCCGCCGCGGCGGGGCAGGGGACCGGGAAGGCCGCGAGGCUCGGCGCGGUCGAGGUGCGGAGCUGGCGGGCCCCAGGCCCGGCCCGAGACGCGGAAUCGGAAGCUCAGAGAGGUGAAGUGACCUCCCCAAGGCCGCAGGCUCCUACGUGGCUGGGGCUGAAGUGGAAACCUGGUGCCAAGUUUCAGGAACCAACAAAAGAGGGAAAAGUUAACAGGCCUCCGGAGCUACGGGUUGUUUGGAAGUGAAACACUGCAGAAGGGGAAGCAGAGAGCGAGGGCCGGCCUCCUUGGGGGCUGAUGGCCAGCAGACAGCUGAAUCUGCAGCGGGUGCUGAGUUUAUUCUGUGUGCUGCUGAUGGUGGAGACCGUGUCCGGGGCCAGAGGCUCACUUACAGAGGCCCACAUCGGCCCCCAGUUUUCAGCCUCAGGUGUGAACCAGACACCCAUGGAUGAUGUGAGCAUCCAGUGUCGUGAGGUGUGCAGCCUGAAUGUCUCUGACCGUUGUGACUUCGUCCGGACCACCCCUGACUGCCGCAGCGAAGGGGGUUACCUGAAUUACCUCGAAGGCAUCUUCUGCAGCUUCCCACCUCACCUCCUCCCUCUGGCCAUCACACUCUAUGCUUUCUGGCUGUUUUACCUGUUUCUGAUUCUGGGAGUCACCGCGGCAAAGUUCUUCUGCCCUAACUUGUCUGCCAUCUCCACCACGCUCAGGCUCUCCCACAAUGUGGCUGGCGUCACCUUCCUGGCGUUUGGGAACGGCGCCCCUGACAUCUUCAGCGCCCUGGUGGCUUUCUCGGAUCCGCGCACAGCCGGCCUGGCCUUUGGGGCGCUGUUUGGUGCUGGUGUGCUGGUUACCACCGUGGUGGCCGGUGGCAUCGCCAUCCUGCGCCCCUUCACCGCCGCCUCCAGGCCCUUUCUCAGAGACAUCAUUUUCUACAUGGUAGCCGUGUUCCUGACCUUCACGGCGCUCUACCUCGGCAGGGUCACGCUGGCAUGGGCCCUGGGUUACCUAGGCUUGUACGUGUUUUAUGUGCUCACUGUGGUUCUCUGCACCUGGAUCUACCGAUGGCAGCGGAGGAGAUCCCUGGUCUACUCCAUGCCAGGUACUCCAGAAAUGCUCUCAGAUUCUGAGGAGGAGCCAGUGUCUUCCAACAGCUAUGACUACAGUGAAGAGUACCGGCCACUGCUCUUCUACCAGGAGACUACGGCUCAGCUCCUGGCCCAGGCCCUCAACCCCCUGGAUUACAGGAAGUGGAGGAACAAGCCGGUGUCCUGGAGGGUCCUCAAGGUGUUCAAGCUGCCCGUGGAGUUUCUGCUGCUGCUCACCGUCCCCGUCGUGGAUCCCGACAAGGAGGAUGGGAACUGGAAGCGGCCCCUCAACUGCCUGCACCUAGUGAUCAGCCCGCUGGUCUUGGCCCUAACCCUGCAGUCGGGGGCCUAUGGUGUCUAUGAGAUAGGUGGCCUCGUUCCUGUCUGGGCCGUGGUGGUGAUUGUGGGCACAGUCGUGGCUGCCGUGACCUUUUUCGCCACCUCCAACAGCGAGCCUCCCAGGUUUCACUGGCUCUUUGCCUUCCUGGGCUUCCUGACCAGUGCCCUGUGGAUCAACGCUGCCGCCACAGAGGUGGUGAACAUCUUGCGGUCCCUGGGAGUGGUCUUCAGGCUGAGCAACACUGUCCUGGGGCUCACUCUGCUGGCCUGGGGGAACAGCAUAGGAGAUGCCUUCUCAGACUUCACGCUGGCCCGCCAGGGGUACCCACGGAUGGCAUUCUCUGCCUGUUUCGGCGGCAUCAUCUUGAAUAUCCUGGUGGGCGUGGGGCUGGGUUGCCUGCUCCAGAUCUCCAGGAGCCACACGGACGUGAAGCUGGAGCCAGAUGGACUGUUGGUGUGGGUCUUGGCGGGCGCCCUGGGCCUCAGCCUCGUCUGCUCCCUGGUCUCGGUCCCCCUGCAGUGCUUCCAGCUGAACAAAGUCUACGGCUUCUGCCUGCUUCUCUUCUACAGCAGCUUCCUCGUGGUGGCCCUGCUGACCGAAUUUGGGGUGAUUCACUUGAAAAGUGUGUGAGUGACGCCACGUGUCUGGGGCCGCCUAGUGGCCGGUAGAUGUCACUGCAGGUGGCCGAAAGGAGGCGCGGCCCAGGGGGGCUGUGAACGGGGUGGCUCUCGGUGGGGGGCUGCCACCGCCCUGUGCUCAGAGAAUUUCUGGAACAUCAGAGACCGGGCUGCGCCGUGGCCGGAGCUGCGCACAGAGGCCAGCCGUCCUUGGAUUAUCUGUGGGGCUUCUCAGAGGCCGAGUGCCUUCCCCGCCGGUGUCGCCAGACCCGCGCGGUGUUCUAGGGCCUGUAGUCACGUCCUGCUGCCUUCCUGCAUCCUCUCCUCAGGGCUCAAACUGCUGCCAAACCCCGGCUUAGGGUGUCAGGGCAAUUCCGAUGGUGGGUGGGACACCAUGGGCCAAGGACAUCCUGGGCCGAGUUCUAGAGCUGCACCGUCCGCCAGAAAUAGAACAUGAGACACACACCCAAUUUUGAAUCUUCUAGUCACGUUAAUAAAAGCCAAAACACAGGUACUGUAUCAUACACAUUAUUCAAUGGCUCCAAAUAUUAGCACAGGGCCCUGGCCCCAUCAUGGCCACCGUAUUGGAUGGCACAGCUCUAGACUCUACUUCUAGAACGGUCUGCUGGCUGUUGGCAAGCUCCUCCGUGCCCUGAACCUUGGGUUUCCUCAGCUGUGAAACAGGAGUCCGUUCGACUGUGCUCUGUGCCUACCUCAGGGGGAGCCCGGGGCUGGGGUUCCAAUGCCUCGAAGCUCCAGGAAAGACGGAGUGAGUGCUUCCCGGUGCCUUCCUGCUGUCACUAGCUCUGGACCUGCCUUUUCAAGAAGCAACUCUUCAGUUUGCCCGACUGCCUUACGCCAGCAGCAGCAAAAGGAUUCAACUGUCUUUUUUUCCAGUGCAAAAAUUAUUAAAUAUUUCAAGUGUCCAAAGCAGCA